CAUGUGUGUGUAUGUGUGUGCAUGUGUGUGUGUGUGUGUGCAUGUGUGUGUGUGUGUGUGUUUGAGAGAGAGAGAGAGCGAGAGACAGUGACGUCAUGCUACGUGACAUUUCCGCUGCGUGACUUUCUGGCCCCCUCCGGAGCACAAGGAUUGGCAAUAUAGUAGUUUGGCAAUAGUUUACCUGUACUUCACGUGACUUGUCACGUGACUCACGUGACCUAAAAUCAGUGAUCUGAUUGGCCGAAACCCUGUGGAAAAUCGUAUAAAAGGCCAUGCAGAGGUCAAGGUAAUCACUCGCCAGCUCAAGACCUUUUCUUGAAAAUGUCUCGAAAGCUUUCCACUCGCCGCUCCCGCAAGCCGAGGAAUUCCCCUGGAGUCCGUGCCUUGGUUUUCGACGAAGAGACAGUGAACGAUCCCCAAACGUCCACUUCCAGAGGAUAUCCUCGCUUGCGGAAUGCCCCAGACCCGCUCCUCUAUCUGUACUCAUCCGCCGACGAAGUCGAUGAUGAGGGCGCAGAUGAGGACUACACACCUCCUCUGAAAUUCUCAAGGACAAGUAAUCUCUCUGAAGUUGAAAUCUCCAGCCAGUUCAACGGUGACGACUCGGAUUGGGAGGAAUCCGAGUCCGACUCCGGAGAAUCUGCUGUGGAGGACAGCUCGGAUGUAGAUUACGACUAUGUCCCGCCUGUUGAUACCUCCUUGGACUCGGACGAGCCCCUCGCGGAAUACGCCAGGCGAAAAUGGGAGCGCAACGAACCCAGAACCCCUUCUUUUACUUGGGCAAAGGAGGAGAACUUCGUCAGGCGUCACUGCUUCGAGGGGACACCAGGUGUGCACGGACACCUUGACGAAUCGUCCGGCCCGAUGGAGAUAUUCAGCAGCCUCUUCCCAGAGUUGUUUCAUACAAUUGUGGACAAGACGAAUCGGUACGCUCGACAGAACCCACAAACCCCUUCAUCCCACAUGAAGGGGAGGGAGGACACAACAGUGCGGGAGGUCCGCUCAUAUGUUGGCCUUAGGUUCCUCAUGGGACUUCAUGCGAAGAGGUGCCAGAGGGACCUUUGGUCGACGGACCCGUUGAUGUGCUCGUCGGUGUUCGCUAAGACAUCCUUACCUCCGCCCUCCACUUCGCUAACAACGAAGAGGAGCACAGCGCGGAGGACCAGUUGCAGAAGUUGCGCCCUGAUUGACGUCUUGGACUCGACGUACCGAUCCGUCUUCGUCCCCAACCAGAACGUGACCGUCGACGAGAGGUUGUGGGCCUUCAAGGGGAGGCAUCAGGCCCUUCAGUACAACCCUAGUAAGAGGGCUAGGAGGGGCCUGAAGGUCUACAAGCUGUGUUCGUCCGACGGUCCAGAGGCAGGGUAUACGGCGGCCUUCAAUAUUUACAUGGGGCAGGAUCGCAGCGAGUUUCCGGCGAGCAUGAAGGCCGUCAACAACCUGAUGGAGAAGGCAAAGCUGCUCGACAAGGGGUAUCAGUUGUAUACAGACAACUGGUAUUCCUCCCCGACUCUCUUCCACUAUCUGCAGGCCUGGGAGACCACCGCCGUUGGCACAGUACGUAUCAACAGGCGGGGUAUGCCCUCGGACCUGCAGGCGAGUCGGGGACACAUCGACUUCCGGAGUAGUAAAACCAGAAUGCUUUGCCUGCAGUGGUUAGACAAGCGUCCUGUGACAAUGCUUUCCACUGCUCACACAUCAAAGGUCGAUACCCUGCCUCCCAAUCGCCGAGGGGUGGAGAGGUCGGAACCCGAGGUCGUUGUCAGUUACAACAACGUCAUGAAGGGCGUCGACCUCUCGGAUCAGCUGGCGCAGUCAUAUCCAGCAACCAAGAAGACCAUCAUCAAGUGGUACAAAAAGGUAAUUUUUUACCUGCUGGAUAUGUCCACCAUCAACGCGCUGGCUGUCCACCGGGCCCUCGGCGGUAAGAUGCCUCAAUGGAAGUUCCGUACGGAACUAGUUCGGGAAUUGCAGCGAGGUGGCCGACCUGGCUCCUUCCGGCGGAACCCUCCUCAGAACCAACCUGAGGAGGAUCCCCAGCAGGCGCACAUGCCAGUCGACACCCCAUUCGACUGGCAGGUGGCGGAGAUGUGCGCUCUGCAACCGGCGCAGGAAGGAGACCACAGUCAUGUGUGCCCACUGCAGCGUUUCCCCAUGUCCGGCUCCCUGCUUCCAAGCAUACCAUGCCUAAUUUUAAAAAAAUAAAAAUUCGACUUUUACCACGGCUUUUCUGUGCUCUCGCCAAAACACACUAUUGACUUUACACACUCACAUUGGUCGAACACUCCUAAAAUAGAGUAUAUACUACAGUAUGAGACAAUAAAAUCCUUCAUAUGACAUAUUAUAUAACUUUCAUAUGUUUUUGGAGUAAAAAAAAACGGAGGUUGCGGUUAUACGCAAACCAGCCGCCCGAGCGAGCUGAAACUUCUAUGGGAUGGUGAGACGGGUAGCGGGAGUUGAGCGCAUGUCACGGCGGGACACUCAUCUUCAUUUUGGGGCUAACGCCGGCAGGGGCGCAUAGCCGCAUCCACCCUUCGCUUCCACAUACAAGGGUCCAUCAUGGCGAGCCGCUAGGCAGGGGCCCGGCCCAU